CCCGCCCCCCCCCCGACGAGGCGGUGGUGUUUCUUGGCAGCACACCGACGGAUCUCUGACACGGCUGGCGAAUUGAAUGAGUGCACCGGGUGCUGGCAGCGGCACCGUAACGUGAACUAAACGGCAGAAAUAAAUGGCGAGCGCGGAACUUUUCGUGUAAACGCCAGAAAACACCGCGAACCCGGAGCGAGAUCAGCCGGAACCGAGUGGCGGCCACAAGCUAGCAGCUAGCCAGUCGGUGGGGUUAGCCGGGGAGCUAAUGCUAGCUGACAAGUCUCUUUUCAGUGAACUCGUGGGGCAUUAGCGGGGAAAUUAUCGUUUAAACAGUAGUGGCAACUUAUUCAGCGAGGCCUGCGUGUAUCCUAUGAUCUCACGUCGCUAGUUGUCGGUACCAAAAUGUCCACGACUUCGUUGGAUAAGGAAUUACAGGAGCGACUGAGAGAGGCGUCUGCCAUCGGGGACAUCGACGAAGUGCGGUCACUGGUGGAGAGUGGGGUGAAUGUGAACUCCCAGAACGAAAUCAAUGGAUGGACGUGCCUGCACUGGGCAUGCAAGAGGAAUCAUAAGCACAUAGUGUCCUACUUACUCAGUUGUGGAGCAGACAAAGAAAUCCUCACGGCUAAGGAUGAGUUGGCCUCGCAGCUCACGUCCAAACCAGAGAUCAAACGACUGUUAGGAGUUGAGGUGGAGGAAGUGCCUGAAGUCAAGGAGCCUGAGUUGCCAAUCAUCCCCAGCUACCUGUCUAACCCACCCUUCAUGUAUUCUAAGAUGGACAACAAGUCAGAGGUCAUCCUUACCCAGCACCUUACACAAAAUGGCUCCGGAGAACACGGUGAAGACACACAAAGCGAUUCGGCCUCUAUUUCCCCAACGCAUGAGCCUCAGAAAUCCCAGAGCCUGGUCUCCGACAGCCCCACUCCUCCAACAAACCCCACCGUCAGCCACAGCCAAGCUCAAGCUGGGGAGUUCAUUCCUGUGGCCGAGCAAAAUGGUGUGUCACCGAACAUGGCCUCGUCCCACAAUCACACUGUGGUUAACUGCACGGUGCCCAUGGACCUGUCAGUCGAGCCUCACCUCAUCAACCACACUGACUACCCGCAUGCAGUGGCACACAACGGCACCAUGUGUUCACCCCCGCUGGCUUCACCCAGCCCCGGGUUGGCUAGCAGCAGCAGCAGCCAGGUCCAAGCCCCGGUGGCCAGCACUAACCCGACAGUGAGCAGGCAGCAGUCCAUCCCACAGCAGCUGAGUUACGGCCAGGCAGGUGGGCCCAUGCCAGCCUUCCAGCCUUUCUUCUUCACCAGCACCUUCCCUGUCAACGUACAAGAGUUGGUGCUGAAGGUGCGCAUCCAGAACCCCAACGCACGAGAGAACGACUUCAUCGAGGUGGAGCUGGACCGCCAGGAGCUCACCUAUCGCUCCCUCCUGAGAGUCUGCUGCCGUGAGCUGGACAUCAGCGCUGAACACGUGGAGAAGAUCCGCAAGCUGCCAAACACCAUGUUGAGAAAGGACAAGGACGUGGCUCGGCUGCAGGACUUUCAGGAGCUGGAGGUUGUGUUGGAGAAAGCAGAAGGCCUGUCCCUGUUCUCCGGGGCGGGGGGCUUAACAGACAGACCCUGCUACAACAUGAAGGCCUCCCGCCUCACGUACUAGAGCUACCACAUGGCCUGAGGUCUCCCUGCUUACCAUGGGCUUCUGUAGCUACCCUCCAGCAACCGUAACUAGUUGCCUGCCCAGGCCCCUUGUUCCAGCUUUGUUCGGCUUUGGUGUUUUGCCAAUUUCCUGACUGGGAUUUGUUUUUUCAACUGUAGCUAUUGUCCUCCUCCUGUCCUCUGGCCCUCCCGCCGCUUUAGUGUACCCAACCAGUUGUAAGCGAUUACUGAUGCAUGGUGUCCUCGGUUAUGUGCGAAAGUAUUUGGGCCUCUCUCUCUCCUCUCUUUAUCUUUCUCUCCUCCCACUGCACUUUGUGCCAAGGCUCCAGUGGGACAACAGAGGGGGACGUUGGCUCGUCUUCCUUAUGGGCUGGACUUGAACGGGAUUCUGCAAUAGCCUUACAUGGACACGUUUCUACACCGGCUGUGGACUUUGGUCGUGGAGGACCACGGUCCGAGACGAGCAGAGGACGACGGGACGGGUUUACGUAACUGAUACGAUCAUUUUCAGUCCACAGAAUGGGACUGGAGAUGCAGCACAGUCGACUACUUGCACACAGCAACCUGGAUUUCUAGCAAACAGACCUAUAUCAGAUAUUCUCACUUAUGUACACACUUUCAUACAUGCUGUAGGCAGAAACCUUAGUGUCUUUCCUGCAGAUGGUGUCCGUUAUUGGCCUAAUUAUUAAGGUGGAGUUCAUCUCACAGCAGGUGAGGUUUAGGUAUCUUUGACUAAUAGUAUUUUAUUGGCUGAUCACUUAAACGAUGCUUUAAUCUGUAUCCCCACAAGGAUGGACACGUUUCUCUUCAUAUUUAAAUCAUUCAGUCACAGACUGCUAAAGGUUUUUUAGUUCUGUUUGGGGUAUCUGUCUGUCUUUUGGGUUUUUCAUGUGAGACAAAAAGCUUAAUUUACAUAAUAUAGAUACAAGUGCAACAACUUGAAGCAGGACUAUUUUAUUUUUCAUUUUUUUUAUGAUGCAUAAGCAUUCAAGUUCUGUUGAGUCAGCAGAACACUUAAACCAUCAGCUGCGAAGUAUUUAUAUUUAAUUAAAAGUUGAUUCUUGCUAAUAAAGCGAGAACCUGCAUCACGUUUCAGCGACGAGGAUCGAGUCCCAGCAGAGGCUGAGUUUGAGGCUCCCACUUGAUUUUUUUUUCAAGCCGUCUGUUGAACGUUUUCAGUUGCUGUCGUCGUGUUUAACUGUGAUUAGAAUCAAAACCAAAAACUAACCUAGCCAGCAAAGGUACUAACUGCAGAACAAACUAUCACUGCUUCAGAACAAAACGCUGCCUCAAAACAGGAGGACAGAAAAUAAGAGAUGGAAAAGGACAUAAAUAUCCUGGGUUUUAUCAGUUUGUGCUUCCUUAUUCCUCCGACAUUAAUACAAAUGUUAUCUUUUGUUUUUCUCUGGUGCACCGUCACCUCAGUUUGAACCUGUUAUACGGUGACUAGACUUUUAAUUUAACAACUAAAGACAACACAGAACAUCAAUGCAGGGCUUUAGUUUGUUUAGCAAGGCCAAUGUAGAGUUUUUGUUAGAUUUUUGAGUUUUAUUAGUGUUUUCUAAUUGGUAGCCUAAUGGAGAUGAGUAUGAACUCUAAUGGCUGAAUAUAUCGUAGAGAUGACGACGUUUAUGCUGCUUUCAUCAUCACCUGAUAUUCCUUUGGAUGCUGGGGCUCGUUUGUUUUAAACGGUAGGCGGACGCUAAACGUCCCACAAUCAAAGUUUCUACCCAGUGGUAACUGUUUACUGUUCAAAAUGUAUACCUGAAGCUCUUACUGUAUUUGUAUGUUUUAUGAUCUAUUUUUUAUUAAUUUGUAUAUAUUUUUAACCAGCUAGGCCUGUUGUGUUUGUGUCAAAAAAAAAAGAAAAGAAGUCUAGUAUUGUGCAGGAGAGUCGAAGAAACACUGAGAUGCUGUUGAAGCGAAGUGCAAUGUGAGGGGAGGAGAAUGUGUCUGGAGAAAAGCAGGAAGGACCACCGAGAGUGCUUAUUUUACGUUCACAACUAUGUUAAACGCUUUAUUAAGUGACAACGUGCCACAUGUGGAAGUCAGGUUGGGUGAGAGAAUGGGAGGAAACUACCGCGGGUCACUGAGAGCAGCAUGCUAGCGGUCGGUUUUUAUAGAAUCCGGUUUGAUUCUGUUGAAAGAAGAUGACUAACAUUGUAUUUGUUGGGUUGCUUAUUGUUCUAGAAAAAGCAGAAUACAGUUUGACUUAACCUAUGCAUUCAGAGUCUGAUAUUUUUAUAUACGGUACGUUCUGUGUACUUGUAGAAAAGAUCUUAGGCAUUGUUCAAAUUGUGUUUAACUCGUUCUGGAGACCUGUAUCUGUUCUUUGAUAAAAGCAUGGUAAAUUACUGGAUCUUUUCCAUCUUUUUUUGAACGUUCUGAUCAGUUUAUACUCACAUUUAGAAUGAAGUGACCGUUAUUUGUGUUGUGCUGCUUCUGCUGCAGGUUCCAGCUCACUGAAACAGCCACUAGAGGGAGCACACGAGCAAAUGUUGGCAUUAAAUGAGCCACAAUCUGCGGAACUUCUGGGGAUAACAAGAAGGUUGUAAUUUAUUUGGAUCAUUUAAAGUCUAAAGCUGGUCCAUAAUAUCUUUAUAUUGACAUUUAAAAGUCUUUCUAUGUCCUUCCUGUGUAUCUCAUAAUUGCAGCACUUUAGGGGUCAUUGUUAAAGCUAAUCUACAUACCAGAUGCUUCUCAUGGAUUUUAAAUAUCUAAAAAAUUCUGCUUCAGUGCUCAUUUUUGUACUGAUGUUGCACAGGUUGGGUGAAGAAUGUGUCAUCUUUAACAAUCAUAUUUUUUUCCCCCCUCAUUAAUAAUUUCAUUGUUGAAAUUCCACAAGGCAUUUAGUGAAAUUUGAAAGUGUAGCAGAGUCAGUGGGGAUUUACAGACACUCAUAUUUGGAUUACACAUUGAUUCUAAUAAACGACAGAAUAAUAAAUA